UCCUUUUCCUCCUCCUUUUUCCCUCAGGCUUCACAGCGACUCCCUGCAAUUCCACCAGCAAGAAGAAGACACCAGCUGUCCCAUUCCCUCCCACGCAGCGGCUCACUCUGAAGGAGGUGUUUGAGGAUGGGAAGCCGAGGCUCGACGUCCUCAAGAGCCACUUGGUGAAGGAAGGGCGGCUGGAGGAGGACGCGGCGCUGAAAAUCAUCAACGACGGCGCCGCCAUCCUGAGGCACGAGAAGACCAUGAUCGAGGUGGAGGCUCCAAUCACAGUGUGUGGUGACAUCCACGGACAGUUCUUUGACCUGAUGAAGCUGUUUGAAGUGGGAGGAUCACCCAAUAACACCCGCUACCUCUUCCUGGGGGACUACGUGGACAGAGGCUACUUCAGUAUAGAGUGUGUGCUGUAUUUAUGGAGUUUAAAGAUAAAUCAUCCCAAAACGUUGUUCCUCCUUCGAGGGAACCACGAGUGCAGGCACCUCACAGAAUACUUCACCUUCAAGCAGGAAUGUCGAAUCAAGUACUCGGAGCGAGUGUACGACGCGUGCAUGGAUACCUUCGACUGUCUUCCUCUUGCUGCCCUCCUCAACCAGCAAUUCCUGUGUGUCCACGGGGGCCUGUCUCCAGAAAUCACGUGUCUAGAUGACAUUAGGAAAUUAGACAGGUUUAAGGAGCCUCCAGCCUUUGGUCCGAUGUGUGACCUGCUGUGGUCGGAUCCCUCAGAGGAUUACGGCAAUGAGAAAACCCUGGAGCAUUUUGCCCACAACACUGUCCGAGGCUGCUCCUAUUUCUACAGUUAUCCUGCAGUGUGUGAAUUUUUGCAGAACAAUAGUUUGUUAUCCGUAAUCCGAGCUCACGAAGCCCAGGAUGCUGGGUACCGAAUGUACAGGAAGAGCCAGACCACAGGCUUUCCCUCGUUAAUCACAAUCUUCUCUGCACCAAAUUACUUAGAUGUCUAUAACAACAAGGCUGCUGUACUGAAAUACGAAAACAACGUCAUGAACAUCAGGCAGUUCAACUGUUCCCCUCACCCCUACUGGCUUCCAAACUUCAUGGAUGUCUUCACAUGGUCUUUGCCUUUCGUAGGGGAAAAGGUCACCGAGAUGCUCGUGAACAUCCUCAACAUCUGCUCCGAUGACGAGCUGAUUUCGGAUGGCGACGAGACGUUGGAAGGUGGGACAACGGUGCGUAAGGAGAUCAUCAGGAAUAAGAUCAGAGCCAUUGGGAAGAUGGCACGGGUCUUCUCGGUUCUUCGGGAGGAGAGCGAGAGCGUGCUGACCCUCAAAGGCCUGACCCCCACAGGUACCCUGCCCCUGGGAGUGCUCUCGGGGGGGAGGCAGACCCUGCAGACCGCCACAGUAGAAGCGGUAGAGGCACGGGAAGGUAUGGCUAGAACCCGGCGAGAGACUCAAAUCAUCUCCGUGUCCAUCCGUGGGUUCUCCCCGCAGCACAAGAUCCGCAGCUUCGAGGAGGCGCGGGGGCUGGACCGCAUCAACGAGCGGAUGCCCCCGCGCAAGGAUUCCCUGCACUCGGACGGCCCCGUGAACUUGGUAACCUCGAACUCUGCGGACAAGAACGGCACGGGGAAGAAAUCCCAGUAACGCUCCAAGCGCCCAAACCUGCACCGCCAGAGGAUCCAAAACUUAAUGAAUUUUAUUUAUUUAUUAUCGGGGUGGGGUGGGGGCAGGGGGAGAAACCAACUUCACCUGGAGGCACGUCCAUAAAUCCAGUCCGCAUCCGUUCUGUAAGAAAGCGACCAUUUUGUAUUUUUUUUUUUUAUUUAUAUUCGACAUAUAUAAAAAUGUCCUUUUUUU